AUGCCAACGAAAAGUUUCGAGGGAAAACUUUUAAACUGCGAAAAAGAUCUUCCCACAACUUGCAGCUGCAGGAAGCAGUGCAAUAACUGUGGUAUCUUCCUGAGUUUCUUUGUGCUGUCGCUGUGCCUUCACCUGGUCACUCUAGUUUGCUACUUGGAUCUCCGAUCCGAGGUUAAACGGGAACUGAGGCUGCAGAGCAGGAGCGAGACUUCAGGCGCACCAACACCGGAUGGUACCCGUCCUGAGAACAAGCCUGAGUGGGAAACGCGAUCAGCUGCUGCUGCUGCCGCCGCCGCUGCUCCCGAGGCGCACAUGAUGAAUUAUUUACCUAUAGACGAUCUGGCACUACGACAUGGAAAUCAAGUCCAGGUGAUUCAUCGGAUGAAGCGAAGCCAACCCAAAGAGCCAGGAGAAAGAGGUAAAAGCAAAAGCAAAGGGAAAGGCAAGAAAAUGGGUCCACCUGGUCCACAGGGGCCGCCGGGUCCUCCAGGGCCUCCGGGAAUCCCUGGAAUCCCUGGAAUACCGGGGACAGCAGUGUUGUCAGUUCCUGGACCGCCAGGUCCACCUGGCCAGCCAGGACCUCCUGGACCACCAGGGCCAGUAGGUACUUUGGACAAAGCUUCAGACAGUCGAACAGCAAUGGAAGUUGUCCACCUCCAGGGUCAUGACUCAGUGAUUCAAGUUAAACAAGAUCUCAUAGGUGGUGUUCUGGCCGACUGGGUCCGAUCUUCACUGAAUCAUAAGGUCUUCCGAUUACACAGCCGAAGUGGACAGUUGGAGGUACUUGUGGAUGGCACCUACUUCAUCUAUAGUCAGGUAGAAGUUUACUACAUUAACUUUACUGACUUUGCAAGCCACGAGGUACUUGUAGACGACAAGCCAUUCUUGCAGUGUACACGCAGCAUUGAAAACCGCAAGUCGAAAUUCAAUACCUGCUACACAGCUGGGGUGUGCCCACUGAAAGCCAGGCAGAAGAUUGCAGUCAAGAUGACGUACGAAGAUACAGUUAUAAAUAUGAGCAAGCAUACAACUUUCUUUGGAGCAGUGAGACUAGGAGAAUCCCCAUAGGUGUGGGAAAUGAGGGAGUCGAGUACAGAACUGAAAACAGAAAAAUAAGGCAGCAUCCUUAAUGAGGUCAUGCAAAAUUUGUAUCGAAAGUACAGCAUAAGUUAAGACAGUUUAUUUCAUUUAUCCAAAUCAAGUUGAUUCCCAUUUUCCUGAUGUACUUCCAUGAAUGAGCAUGAAUUGCAUUGAGCUGUAUCAAGAAAUGACCAAAAUUGGCACAACUCUGUCAGCCUUGUAUCAAGGUCCCAGCAUCUGUUCUUCUUAAUGUCUAUAACAGUGAUAGGAGUACUAUUAAUGAGUUGAUUUCCCCAGUCCAUGUUUCUCCUAGAGGACUGGAAUAACUCAAUUUGUUCUGCAGAACACCCUUACAGAAUUAAUGGACAUUUGACAGAUGUUCAACCUUCAAAGCAUGCAACGCUUUCACCUUUGAAAGCAGAAUGAACUAAAGACAAGUGGGUGUUAAGGACGGGACCUGUUAAUGAUUAGAAAAGAGCAAUAGUGGCCUGUUCUCCGAUCAUCUUCGCUUGUGUAACUAGACACAAUUCAAUGAGUUUAACUUACAUAUCAAGGAAAGUAGGCAAAGUGCUGAGAAUAAAGAGAACUGUUUAACGUAGUUCUUGGAAAUUCUGUACUGUGAAAUGAACAAUUGGAUGUCACUUUGCAUUGGGAGAGUGCAUUGCUUGGUUGCCCCAAGUCCAUCAUAAAUAUAUUCAGAGCUAGAGCUCUCAGAGUGAGCUCCAAAGAAUUACACCCAUUUUUCUUAUGUUCGUUCAUGCCUCUCAUUCUGAAACAGUGUCCAUUAGUUACUGAUUCUCCAGACUGGGAAAACUCUCCAUUAUUUCAAGGAAAAGUUUUACCCUUAUUUGCAAAUUCCCAACCAGACUUUUCUUAAAAUGAUGUCUGAGAAUCUUUUCUGCUUUGUAAUUCACUGCAGCUACCCAAUAUGAUACUGUUCGAAACGCUUCUGUGGUGGGAGGAAGAGAAAAGUUAAGCAUUUGUGCCCAUAGUCAUAAGCUCAAUGUCUGCAACUGGAGUUGUAUUAUUAGUUUUAGAUUUUGUGGUCCUCGAGUUCCUGAUGGAUUGUAUUCACAAAACCUUUGGAAUGUCUCAGUCUGGUACAUUUCAAACAUGUAACUUUUUUUUAUCAGAGACAUUACAAACUAAAUGGAAACAAUAUCUCAUUCCUGCCAUCUUGUGACUGAGUGAAAUAUUACAACUUGCAGCCAAUUGCAUAAAACGAAGGCGUCCAAUCUGGAUUAAAUUUGCAUGGUGUCAAGUGAAGGGAAUGGAAAUUAUAUUAGGUAUUAGCAUCCUGAAGUGCUGUGACAUGAAUGUUGCAGUGUUCAAGGAGCUGAAAGGGACACCCUGCAUUCCAAUCACAAACAAGAAAAAAUCUGCAGAUGCUGGAAAUCUGAGCAACACACACAAAUGCUGGAGCAACUCAAGAGACAAGGCAGCAUUUUUAGAAAAGAGUAUAGUCUACAUUUCAGACCAAAGCUCUUUGCCCGAAAAGUCGACUGUACUUUUUUCCAUAGAUGUUCCUCCAGCAUCUUGUGUGUGUUACCCUGCAUUUCAAUAUAGUUUUAGAGUAAAACUUUAAAAUUUAAUGGAAGGAGGGAAAAAAGAUAUUUUGAACAAUUAAUGUCACCUUUAGUAACAUCUCCUUGUGGAUGGACAGAACUAGAUCUAACGUUCAAGUAUUUUUUGAGAUACAGCACAGUAACAAGUCUGUUAUGCCCAAAUAGACUUAAUUUACCCAUUCAUCCAUACAUCUGUGGAAUUCUGGAGGAAACCAAACAAGGGGAAAGCACACAAACUGCUUGCAGAACAAGGAUCCCUGGCACUGUAAUCAAAUGUUACACUUACUGCUGUACUACCGUGACUCCCACAAAACCACAAACCAGCUGGGAAUUGCACGCAGGCCUCCCACGUGGCAGGCGAGAUUUCCACCACUGAACUACCAAUGCACCUUAUAUUGCAUCUUUGUCUUUUCUGCAGAAAUAGUGGUUUUCAACCAUGAUGCAGGUGAAUUUCCAGAGUGGGAACAUAUGAGCCAAAAAUACAAGCUAAAUGGUGAAGGUUUCCAUGUAAUUGUAUUUCAUUGUUAAGGAUCUUUCCUUAAAAAACAAGUAAGUGAAGGCAUUGCUAUAAAAUCGGCAAUAUUGAAUAACAAGAUUAAUGUUCCUGGGCACUGAUUUGUUGACCCAAGCAUUACAAUCUUUUUGCAUCUUCUGCACUUGUUGAGAAAAUAAAAGGCCUAUCUUGGCCUCCCAUUAACUUCUGCUGGAGAUGCUUAUGUGAAGGUAUGAGGUGGGGACAACAUUGAAGCCAGUUGACUAGCCUACAGGUAGCUACUGGCACAAGGUCAAAGUUAGGCAAAAAGCGAAAAUACUCUUAGAAAUCUUAAACUUAAUAUGAAUAAUGACCUCUGAGACAGAUACUUAAAAUUUUUUAAAAAGUUGUUGGUCACUAGGACUGUACAUCUCAACUAUAAUACUGCCCAUGCUGCCUCUUGUAAUGAUUCUUUUCCUUUCAUUCUGUUUGUCCAUUUGCGUCGUUCCUAUCCGGAUUUUCACACAGGUGGCUAUGCAGUGUCUGCCUCCCGUCUGAACCGCAGUCUUUCUUCUACCAUGACCGACAGAGCUGAAUUAAAAUCAGAAUCAAGUUUUAUAUCACUGGCAUGUAUCAUGAAAUAUGCUGUUUUGUGGCAGCAAGUCAUUGCAAUACAUAAUAAAAAGCUAUAAAUUACAAUACGAAAUUAUAUGUGUAUACAACACUUAGUAGUGCAAAGGGAGGGCAAAGAGAAAGUGAGGUAGUGUACAUGGGUUCAUUGUCCAUUCAGAAAUCUAAUGGCGAUGGAGAAGAAGCUGCCCUAAAACUGUUGAGUGAGUGUCUUCAUGCUCCUGUACCUCCACUUUGAUGGUAGCAAUGAGCAGAGCUAACUGCUUCUACACAGAUGCACAGCCUUGAAAUCAAUAACUCACAUGUCGGAGUUCAGCCCAUGACCUAAUUGGACUGCGUGUAUGGAUAUUGUACCUGGUAUGAUUGUCACACUCCUUUCUCUCUCAAUUUCUUAUGUUGAAACAUUCCAGCAAAAGUUCUUGGCUGCCUAGGCUGAUAUUCGUUUUCCACUUUUCUUGCUUUAGUUUGCAUCGCAAAGUUAGGAUAAACUAGAAUUGACUUAGGACAUUCCUCUCACGAUAUCAGAACAUCAGCUAAUGCCUUUUCUUUGAGCUCCUUUUUAUUCCUUUUGCCUGUUCAAAAUCCUUUCUGCAAGACAUUAAGGAUGAUUACCUCAGCCAAUUGUUCACCAGAAUUUUGGUGAACACCAUUAAUCAUGCUGAGGCAAUAGUUGGCGUCCACUUAUCCAAAUGCCUAUUGUCUAAAAUUCUGGCCUUAUGUGAAAUGCCGGAGGUUGACUCCCAGCCUGGAGGUUGAGGAGGCUUAAAUUUGACCAGUUAAAUUAAUUUGGAAAUGAAAAUCCAAGAUCAGAAUGUGAAAUGAUAUUUGUCUUGAAAGCCCUGAGAAGCAAAUGGACUGUGCGUGUCCAGUCUGCCCUCAAUAUGACUCCAGGCCCUUAACUGACUUUGGAAAAGGCCUAGAAAGCCACACUUCAGUCAUUCAACUCAGCAUUGUAAUGUUUGGAUAUUUUGAGUUACUGUUGCCUUCCUAUCAGCUUGAAACAAUCUGGCUUUUCUCCUCUGACCACUCUCAUUAACAAGGUGUUUUCGUCCAGAGAACUGCUGCUCACUGUUCUUUUUUUUUACAACAUUCUUUCUAAACUCUAUAGAGACGGCUAGGUGUGAGAAUCCCAGGAGAUCAGCAGUUUCUGAGAACCUCAAACCACCCUAUCUAGCACCAACAAUCAAUCCACGAUUAAAGACAUUUAAUCACAUUUCUUCCCCAUUCUGAUGUUUGGUUUAAACAACAACUGAACCUCUUGGCCAUGUCUGGAUGCCUUUAUGUAUUGCGUUCAAAGGUUUCAAAGGUACAUUUCAUGUCAGGGAAAUGUAUACAAUAUACAUCCUGAAAUUCUUUUUCUUCGCAACCAUCCACAAAAACAGAGGAGUGUCCCAAAGAAUGAAUGACAAUUAAAUGUUAGAACCUCAACCCCCCUAGCUCCCCCUCCCACAUGUAAGCAGCAGCAAAGCAACGAUCUCCCUUCCCCCAUCAGCAUCCGCCCCCCCCCCCCCCCACUGAGCACUCAAGCAUGCAGCAAAGCAUCAAUAAAGACACAGACUUGCAGUACCCUGAAGACUACUCGUUCACCCGGUAUUCGACGUACCAUAGGCUCCCUCUCUCCCUAAUAAGGGAAAAAGAGGUGUCUCCAUUUCACAGUGAGGGGGAGACAUAACAGAACUUGCUGAUCGACAAUGUUAAAAGUCCGUUGCAUCCCUUUUUCCAAUCUCUGUACCCAAAGAACUCGGGUCUCUGGGCACACAGUCAGAGGUCUUCUGUCUCCCACGUCGAUUUCCUGCUGAGGCAUCAACCUCAAAUCUGCCUGACUCCAGGGCCACAAAAUCCUGAAACUCCGAAGGCAAGCUAAUCCACUAGGCCACAUGAUUGACAGUUUGGACAACUGCAUUAAUGAGCAGCUGUACCUAACAAAAUGGCCAUUGAAUAAAUGGGCCAGUGUCCGUUUUCUCCCUGUCUGUUCUCCUGACAAACCGUCAGCUAUGUUUGCCUUAUCAUGUUUCAAAAUAUACAAUUGUCACCUUGCAUUUUCAUGCGUGUUACAGCAAUCUGCUUGGCUACAUUAUUAAGUUGGGCUGUAAUUGGUUUUAUAGUUGUAAAUCAAAAGGCCAUCCAUUGAUUAGAGUCAAUGAUGGAUGUUGCUUCCUUGCUAGUUGUCUACGCACACCAGGUCAGAACAAUACGGAAAACAAAGCAGUUGCCCCUGCUGCAGGGUCCCCAUCUCCCUGCAGCUGGUGAAUCCAAAGGAAUGGCAGAGACCAAUGUAGCUUGCACCAGUGGCAUCACAGGAGUUGCCAGUCAGCAUUGAACUCAGCAUAGAACUCCCCUAUGGACACAAUCUGGAUUUUUCCUUGGGGUUUACUCCAGGGGUGAACCCCAUAGCGGGUAGAGUUGCAAGGCAGCAGAAGUUUGAGAUCAGAGAUUUCCUUCUCCGAGAUGAGCUGAUAACCUUGGCCAAUGAGCCUCGUCUGCCCAAAGUGACUGGUUAUAUGAUGCCAAUAACCUACCUUUGCCCUCCCAUAAAUAAAUGGUUCUCUGAACUUAGUAGCUAAACUACACGUGAAGGCCAGGAGCUGGACUUAGUUUUCAGAGGCUAUUUGAGAUGCACACCAGUGGAAGUAUUUAAAAGGUUGUGGUGGCUUAUCCACUCUCCCUCUUAGGAACCUUUAAUGAAUUCAAAGGACUUGAAAUAUUAAAAAAAAAUUAAAUAGGACCAAGGCAAAAUGUUUUUCAUGAUAUAAUAUUCUAAUGCUUGAUGCUCAAUCUUCUUCUAUUCUGAAUGAUAUCCAACACCUUUGCAUCAAUACACAUCUGUAUGUAGUGUAUAUAAUAAAGUACCUCAAUGUUAUAUUGUUUCUUCCAUAGCAGAACAUAGAGAAAACCAGAUUGUUUGAGGGAGUCAUCUUUUAACAAUGAUGGAAUGACCUUGUGCUGAAAUGUGUUGGUUCUGAGUGUGUUCUGAAGAUGUUAACAUAAUUUAUUUGUAUUGUGUAUAUAUAUUUUUGUAUUAGUUGAAGUGUUUGCGCUGUUCACCUGCUGUAUACUGAGUUACUAAACAUCUUUAUGAAAACUGAGUACAUAUAUUAAAACUGUACAUGUCC